AUGUAUCAACACUGUUCACCAUACUAUUAUGCACCACAUUAUGCUCAUAUGGGUCUCGAUCGACGACAACAAUUAUCUCUUAAAGAAAUUCUCUGGCGUCGUUCAUGGCCAUGUGUAUUUACUGUAGUAUUAGCAUCAUUGAUGCUUAUAUUAAUUGUAAUUAUAUUUAGUCUUGAAGUUGCAAGUUUAUCAUAUGAUUAUUCAAAUAAUUUAUCUAAUACAGCUUCAACAGGAGCCGGAAUUUGGUGUUCAAUAUUCUUCGUAAUACCUGUUAUUUUUAUGUAUCUUCUAGUAUCUGCUUAUCAUAGAUCACGUAUUUGGUCAACUUAUACUCUUAUAACACAUUUAAUUGCACUUGUAUUUAUUUGUAUUUUGAUUGGAUUAGAUGCAAAUGCAGUUACUCCUUAUAAUACAAUGGUAACAACAGCUCCAACUAAAAUAAAAAUUCUUCGAGGUCAAUUAGCUGCGGCAGUAUUAAUGUUGCUUUUUCCAUUCGGUUUCAUAGGUGCUUAUAUUUAUACAGCAUUUAUGUCACUUCUUACUCUACGUUCACAUCCGCAAGCAAUACAUCCUCCUGUUCCAGUUCUAUCAGAUUUCGUUAAAUAUUAA